CUGAGAGACACCGAGACACACUGAAAUAGACGCUGAGACACAGAGACACUGAGACACACAUAGUGAGACACUGAGACACAGAGAGAGACGCUGAGAGACACUGAGACAGAGAGAGACACCGAGACAGACAGAGAGGAGAGACACUGAGUGACAGUGCGAUGGGUGGGGGGGGCCAGCAGACGGAGGCGGGCGGGGGGACGGCGGACUGUGGGGGCUCGCGAGGAGGCGUGUUCACCUGGGAGGAGGUGCAGAAACACGCCCACCCAGACGACAGGUGGCUGGUGAUCGAGAGGAAGGUGUACAACAUCACGAAGUGGGCCCAGAGGCACCCCGGGGGAAGACGGGUCAUCAGUCACUACGCUGGAGAGGACGCCACCGACGCCUUCAGAGCUUUUCACCCCGAGCCCAACUUAGUGCGCAAGUUCCUCAAGCCACUUCUGAUUGGAGAGCUGGCCCCAGGGGAGCCCAAUCAGGAUCAUCAGAAGAGUGUGAGUCCCGCCCAACCCCGCCCCUUAACUGCAGACUCCAAUGAGAGCGGGCCUUUCACAGACGCCACACCCCUCACCAUGGUUACCUGCUGAGUCCCCGCCUGCCAGCUCAUCCUGUUUGUGUUCGCGAUAGGCCAUGUGACGUGGGCCGGGUCUCGGCGAUAACACACGCCACCCCUGUGGGGGCAAGAUUCGAGGAGCGGGGCAGCUCUGUCUGCCUAAUUAGAGUCUAAUUAGAGUCGUAAUCAAUGGGUUUGUGACAGUGACACCUGGACUGACACACACGGUCCUGCCUGACAGCCCCCCCACCAAGAGAGGGUGCCGUUCACCAGCCUUGCCAGUAAGGCCUGCUGGGAGGGAUAAAGGACCCCUGGGAGCCCUCUGAAAACUGGCUGCAGGGCUGCACUGCCACCUAGUGGCCAGUCACCCCCCUGCAGGCCGCUGUCAGGAACUGUCGGACACUGCAUCGUCGUGGAGAUGAA